AUGGCUUCUCAUACAGAUGGUCCAAAGUCAGCCGCCACCCCAGGGGAGGCUUUGCAGACGGACGAAACGCAGGAGCAGAAAGACGAGCGAUUCCGCAAGCUCUAUCGCCACCCGCCAGACUUCAAGCAGAUUGCCGCCCUAGACGCUGAUUUCGCCGCAGUAGUUCAGGGCCGAGAGCUGGAUUUUAAAGAUCCAAGGGCCGUCAUGCAACUGUCCAAAACACUCCUUAAACACGAUUUUGGUCUUUCACUAGACCUGCCGGAUAAUCGCCUUUGUCCUCCGAUACCCAAUAGGCAUACGUACAUCCUCUGGCUGAAAGAGUUGCUCGAUUCAACUAGCUACGACACUCCCGGAAAGCUCGUCGGGAUAGACAUCGGAACAGGGGCGAGUUGCAUAUACCCAAUGCUUGGAUGCAUUCAAAGGCCCUGGUCAUUCAUUGCCGCUGAUAUCGACGAUGAGAGUCUGCGCUGGGCAAAGAAGAACAUCGAGAAAAAUCACCUGCAACACCAAAUCAAACUCGUCAAGUCCAAUUCCGACGGUCCUAUCAUCCCCAUAGUAUCUGCGCCCGCGGAAGACGUGGCCUUUGUCAUGACCAACCCACCUUUCUACAAGUCGGCCGAAGAGAUGGCGCAACGGGCCGCCGAAAAGUCGCUUCCACCACUGACGGCCUGCACCGGCGCCCCCGUCGAGAUGGUGACGGGCGGUGGCGAGGUCGCUUUUGUCGGGCGCAUCCUCGACGAGUCUCUGGCGCUGCGAGGGCUCGUCCGCUGGUACACGGCCAUGCUCGGCUUCCAGUCCAGCGUCGCAGCGCUGGUCCGGCGGCUGCGUGACCACGACAUCGGCAACUACGCCGUCACUGAGUUCGCGCAGGGCAGUCGGACGAGGCGCUGGGCCGUCGCGUGGAGCUUCCACGCCAUGCGCCCGCCGCAGGCGAUUGCACGCGGCGCCACGGCAAACGCCCUGCGAGGCAGCCUGCCUGCGCACACGGAGAUGACGGCCGUGGCGCUCCCGGCGUUUAGGGCGGUUUCCAAGUUUGCCGAAGGGCUGCACGACGCGAUGGCGUCGCUCGAGACGACACACUGGGAAUGGGACAGGCAGAAGCUGGAGGGCAGGUUGAGGGUGGCGGACAAGGUGUGGACGCGGGCGUGGCGGCGGCAACAACAGCGCGGCAUGGACACAAGCCCAGAAGCAAAGGACAGGUGCGCCAAGGAAGACAUUGGCUUUGGGGUAUACAUCAACGUGAAUCUAGAUGGUAUCGUGGUUCGCUGCCGCUGGAUCGAAGGACACCAGGAAUCGGCGUUUAUCAGCUUCGCCGGCUACCUCAAGACGACAGCCAAGAAGGUUUAUGACGGCCUCGAGGAAAAUCAAAAGCCCGAAAAGGCAGAAUAA